CAUCACUUUCAUGUCCAUUCGCACCUCAUCAUCGCCACCUAAGGUACAAACAAGACCUCAUCGACAACAAAAAGACAAGAAUAACGAGUCACAUCCUCCCUUCAUCCUGUAAACCUAGUUCACGCUGACAUUUGGCAAUAUGGCAAAUGUGGACACCUCAAUCGGCGCCCGUACCACGGGUGCCGCAGCCGACUUCGCUGCAAAGCACUCGGAAGAGCACCCACUGAAGCUCUACGGCGGCUGGUUCUGCCCCUUUGUCCAGCGAUCAUGGAUUGUCCUCCACGAGAAACAGAUUCCCCACCAGUACAUCGAGAUCAACCCGUACAAGAAGGAUCCCGAGUUCCUCAAGAUGAACCCUCGGGGGCUGGUCCCGACGCUGGCUGUCCCUGUGGAUGUGAAAGGCAAUGACCAACGCCCGCUUUACGACAGUACCGUAGUCUCCGAAUAUCUUGAGGAAGCGUAUGCCGGCAAUAACUUUGGCCCGCAUCUUCUCCCUGAGGCGGCUUAUGACCGCGCGAGAUGCAGACUGUGGAUCGACCACAUCAACUCUCGCGUUGUGCCGGCGUUUUACAAAUUUAUUCAACACACUCCGGAGAAGGAUUACAGUAUCGAGAAGGCACGAGAUGAUUUCUUGGGUCACAUCAAAACCUUUACUGAACAGAUGGAUCCCGAAGGUCCCUGGUUCUUGGGCAAGACGUUCAGUCUCGUGGACGUCAUGAUAGCCCCUUGGGCCAUGCGUUUGUUUUUAUUCGAUCAUUACAAGCCAGGGGGGCUUGGCAUUCCUUCUGAAGGAGAGAAUGGCAAGGACGAGGCGAUCUGGAAGAGGUGGAGGCAAUGGUAUGAUGCUAUCAAAGAGAGGCAAAGCGUAAAAGAUACGCUUAGUGACGGAGAUGCCUACAUUGAGGUGUACAAACGGUACGCUGAGGAUAAGACCAACUCUGGAGUGGGACAGGCAACAAGAGGCGGAGGCAAGCUGCCUUGAGAAGAUCUCUUUGAUCAACAAUUACUGUACAGCCCGCCACUAUCUUCCCCAUAUGGUCAAGGUUGCCGGCGGUAUUUGUAUAGACCCCUCAACGGAGCGAAUGCCGGGCUUAUUCCAACUA